AUGGGACAACUAGUGCAGAGUGCUUCCCCCAUUCUGAAAAGUGUCCGUCCCAAGGACGAUCAUAGAAAACUUCAGAAGCAGCAGACCAAGACGACGCUGCAUGUCUUCUGCGAUGCAAUCCCCAAGGCAUACGGCGCCGUGGCGUACGUCACCACAAAGACUGCAACACGAGAGGUGCAAGUGGCUUUGAUUAUGGUCAAGUCAAGGGUGGCACGCCUUAAGCGCCUCUUCCUGCCGAGACUGGAGCUGAUGGGAGCCCUGAUUGGUGCGCGGUUGAAACGCUACCUCCCCAAGACGUUGCAACUGGAAGCCAUACCCGCCUUCCUCUGGACGGACUCAACGGUGGCGCUGCAUUGGAUCAAGGGGUCGGCAGAUAAAUGGAAGCCGUUUGUAGCAUAUCGAGUGGAGAAGGUGCAGCGGCUGACCGAUCCACAGGAAUGA